AUGGCUUUGCUACAUCUGAUUACAGUGAAGAUCCGGUGUUAUUCUCAGGUUCAGAGGAAGUUAAGAAUCAUGUCAGACCACUCUGAUACGUAUUCGUACUCCACGGCUGUUGGUCGCGGACUGGGAAAUGCAUUUGCCACCUCUGGUGAGGGUCGCAUCACUGCGCUCAGAGUGUGGGAGCUAACCAACAAUUACAUAACUGGCUUUCAGCUCAAGUAUGACUACUACUGGCACCCGAUCGUCGGUCGUAAUGUUAGCAAUAUGGUGGAGAUGACGCUCUUUGAGGGUGAAACCUUUGUGCAGGUCUCUGGGAAGUACAACCCCAGCAACUACAUCUCUCAGCUGCUGUUUGUAACAAACAGGGGGCGCUCUCUCGUCGCUGGCCAACCCACUGGUUUCUCCUUCAAUCACUACCCGGCUCACAGCGUAGAAGAACUGAGGCUGCUAAGCGGCCGCGCGGAUAACAACGGCAUCACGGCUCUGGGAGCGCACUGGGGAACGCUGGACAGGAAUGAAACAGACUCCUAA